AUGGCGGUAGACACUGGCUACCUGACCACUCAGGUCAACAACAUCGUCGCUCAGCUCCAUGGGAUUUACGAUGACAUUGGAGUCCCUGCGCGUGAGCGCGAGUCCCGCGAGGCGGAGCUCUUCAGUGCCCUGUCGGAGACAUUGAACAAUCAUCUUAAGGUCGUUGACGAGGAGCGAGAGGAUAUGACGCAGGAAGCAGAGCGUCUUAUUACAGCGAUUCAACAAAUGGAAUCUUCCCUGAGCGAUGAACGGGCCAAUGGUCAAUACGAACUGAACCGCGACGACCUUCGAGUCACUUACCCACUUAACAAAUGUAUUAGUUUCUUGCGCGAGAAGAAUGAGUCGAUGAGCAAACUGCAUCGUGAACGCUUUGAGCAGGUUAAGAAACUUGUCGACGCGCUUGAAUCUUACUCCUCACACCUCGAGCCAUCAUUUGUUAAGCUCGAGCUUCCUCCCACUGCGCCAGGAGCCUCGAUUCCUCCGAGCUUCGAUCUUUCACCUAUGUAUGUGACCGCCUUGGAUGCCGAAUUCACCCACGUCUACGAAGAAUACCACCGUCGCAUUGCCCAGGUCCAAUCUGCCUGCGAGGAAAUGAUCAAACUUUGGGCCGAGCUCGGAACGCCCCAGGCGCAAACAGACUCCAAUAUUGUGAAGUGUUACCGCGAAUCCCCUGAGCAACUGGGGCUCCAUGAAGAUGAUGUCGCCAACCUGAUGGCCAAGCGCAAUAAAUUGGUGGAAGAAAAGAAGAGCCGUGAGCGCAAGAUCAACGACCUCCGAAAUACUGUCAUCUCUCUAUGGGAUCGCUUUGGUGUUGAGGAGGCCGAUCGCAAAGCGUUCCUGGCUGCAAAUCGUGGCUGCGGUUUGCGCAUAAUUAACGACCUCGAAGAGGAAUUAACACGUCUCAACGAACUUAAGAGACAGAAUCUCCACCUGUUUGUGGAGGAUGCUCGCUGCCGAUUGCAGGAGCUUUGGGACGGUCUCUUCUUCUCCGAAGAGGAAAUGCUCGAUUUUACACCUGCAUUCUCCGAUGUGUGCAGCGAUGCCUUGCUUGAGGCUCAUGAGGCCGAAAUUACACGACUGGAGCAUAUAAAGGAGCAGCGCGCUCCUACCCUCGAAAUGAUUGACAGACACCGCACUCUUCUGGCAGACCGCGAGGCACUCGCAACGUCAAGCCAAGAUGCAUCCCGCCUCAUGGGCCGCGGGAACAAGGGAGAGAAGCGUGACCCCGGAAAGCUUCUGAGAGAGGAGAAGAUGCGCAAGAGAAUCGCCAAAGAAUUGCCGAAACUCGAAGCUGACCUGCGGAAAGAGUUGGAACAUUGGGAAGAUGAAUUCGGCCGACCAUUCCUGGUGCAUGGUGAGCGAUAUCUCGAUUCGUUGACACCUGUCAGGUCCAUGCUUCCACCGCGCUCAAAGACACCAUCUGCACCACCAUCGACAACCAAAGCAAACACAAUGAGACAGCAACCACCCGCCCGCCCUGGAAGCUCCCUGAGAGGGCCUCCUCCUCCCCGCUCAGCUACCAAGACCCCCACUAGCAGCGGCCCAGUCAAACACAAUACCAUUGGAUACGGUGCCUCUCGAGCUGGGGCCACAUCAAGAGCUGGUGCAACAUCCCCUUCGAAGCUUCCCGCCCGUGUUCCGCUGGGAAAUAUGCCCCAUGGGAACAACUCCCCUGAGCGUCGUAUCCAACCCGGUGCCUACUCAUCCAGCACACUUGGAAAGAUGCCGCCCCCGCGCGGACCUCCCCCCACGGAUGCUGCUAUGUCCAGUGCCUAUGUUCGGCCUGUUAGCCCCGAAGACGUCUAUGAUGAUCGGCAGCGAUCCUUCAUGAGCAAUUCAGGAUUUUCAAACUCGCAAAGAUCCACCGGAUUCUCUCAUUCAUCUCACUCUUCACAAUCGUCACUGUCUCUGAACUCUAAUCAGACAUUCCCCCGACCAAACCCGUACUUGCAGCAUGCAGCUCCGCCCCCAGCUGCCCGUCAGGUCUCUAACGCCUCUACAGUCAACACUGCAACCUCUGGAUCUGAAAACUGGGAGACUUUUGAGGACGGCUCGGGAUCAGAGGCCGAUCCUAGUGAUAUUUAUUAUUCUAAACUCCGUGCUGCACAUGGAGGAAAGCGAUUUGCACCUGAGGACGGAUCAGAUCUCACUGGCAAGAAGUCUAAGGGUAUCCGCAGUGUCAGUCCAGAUGGUCCGCAUCCCGGGCAGGUCCUGCGUGUUGCUGGCAGUGACAACGAGUGGGCCGAUGACUAUGAAACUUACUAG